AUGACAACCCGGAGGAGGGAGUUAAAAAGAAAGAAGGGACACAUUCCAUAGCGGCACAGAACCCAGACAGGACAAAGCAUGAUACUAUUUCUCAUAGCACAUCUUCUGCCAAGUGUUCCCUAAAAUACCAAAAUAAAAGAGAUACACGUCUCUCUGACUCAAAACAGUCUGUUGCUGAAAAACGGUGUGAGAAUCAUGAUACCUCAGAAAUAAAAAACACCACAAACAUGCAAGAUUUGCCCAGAAUUCUUGAAAGUCAUAACGCUCACAAGAGCACAUCAGUUAAUAGAGACUCUGUUCACGUUGGUGACUCUGGAGGACUCAGCAAUGCCAGUGAGAGUGAUGAUUCUGAGUCUGACUCUGAUAGUGGACAGGCAAUCAAACGGUUAAGCUCUAUAGUUGUCAUACCCCAGCAAUCUUCCAUAGCGCUUGAUCCGCUGGAUAAUGGAGCCUCUUGCAGUCCAAUGAGUAGCUCAGAGGAGCAACAUAGGAAUGAGGUCAAUCACCACAAACGGAUUGCUGGUCAGGUCCCAACAGAAAUUGUUUUUCAACAGAGGCAUCCAAGUGUUGCCCCAGCAUGUGAGGAAGUAAUUGCCUCAGCUCAUGAAAUGAUCUGUCAGUCCCAGAGCAACAUGAUUGACAGCACAAGUCAGUCAGAGGGAUCAAACUCUGCCCAAAAAUACAAGGAUGCCUUUAAAUGUGUUGAAGAAAGGCUAACUACUGAACCAGCACUGAACCAGCCUGCUACCCACAGCAAUGAGAGUUGUCAUCCGCCUGAGCAUGGGCUUCCAUAUGCAAGUGGAAGGGAUGGACAAAUGCUCCCUCAAUACCACCAAGAGGACUUCUUGAGAAAUAACACUGUCAACCGCAACGGGGUAUUCCGCGUGGGUUGGGAUUUCUCUCAGUUGGAGCAGCCCAGCAGUACAUACCAGCAACCAGAUAGCAGUUAUGGGCCCCAGUUACUCAACCCCCAACAGACGGGAAUUCCUCCUUUAGGACUGGGAUACAGGCAGAGUAAUGCUUCCUGGACCCCUCUCCCUCCUAUCAUGCAGUCCAGCAGACCGCCCUACCUCCACAUGCCUCAACAAUAUCAGGACCCCCUGGGUCAAGUCCACCCUGAUUCUCUGACCAACGACCACGAGGAUGACGGUGACCGCAAAGCGCCAUCUCAAAGUCAAACCUGCAAUGGGCCGAACACCUCAACCUUCGUUCAGGCUAAUGAGAUAAGCAGCAACAGCAGAGGCUCUGCCGUCUCAGAUCACCGCAGAGACUCAGAGGCCCUCAGACCCCACAGAGGCAGAGGCCCGCCCAAAAAAAGGCGCCAAGAGAUAGAAUCAGACUCAGACAACGAGGCGGAACCUGGGCCCAUGAGCAAACGGGAGCGCCAUAGAGAUGGGGAAGUCACCAAAGAUGCUCCGGCAAAGGCUGAGUUGUCCCGCCCUUUACUUGACCUAAAAGACUUUCGAGAUUCUAAUAAAUGGAAGGAUUAUUCCAAAUCGAAAAAGAUGCCGCCUUACUUUGACCUGAUCGACGACAAUCUGUAUCUUACAGAAAGAAAGAAGAGCAAGUCUCAUCGUGACAUUAAGCGCAUGCAGUGCGAGUGCUCAGUCCUGUCCAGGGAGGAGCGCUCCCGAGGAGUGUUGGCUUGUGGCGAGGACUGCCUGAACAGACUGUUGAUGAUUGAGUGCUCAUCACGAUGUCUCAAUGGACACUACUGCUCUAAUCGACGCUUUCAGAUGAAGCAGCAUGCUGACUUUGAGGUUAUUCUCACAGAAGACAAGGGCUGGGGGCUUAGAGCAGCUAAAGAUUUAUCAGAAAACACUUUUGUCCUCGAGUACUGUGGUGAGGUUUUGGACCACAAGGAGUUCAAGAACAGGGUGAAGGAAUAUGCCCGCAACAAGAACAUCCACUACUACUUCAUGGCAUUAAAAAACAACGAGAUCAUUGAUGCAACGCUGAAAGGGAACUGCUCCCGCUUCAUGAACCACAGCUGUGAGCCUAACUGUGAGACCCAGAAGUGGACUGUAAACGGUCAACUCAGAGUGGGCUUCUUCACCACCAGAGCAGUGACCGCAGGAACAGAGCUCACCUUCGACUACCAGUUCCAGAGAUAUGGCAAAGAGGCCCAGAAGUGUUUCUGUGGCGCUCCCAGCUGCAGAGGCUUCCUGGGCGGGGAGAACCGGGUCAGUGUGCGAGCCGCCGCGGGGAAGAUGAAGAAGGAGCGCCCUCGAAAGAAGGACACCGUGAGCGCCCUCACCACGUUGGAUGAGGAGCUAGAGGCCCUGUUGGAGAACGGAGAGGGUCUGUCUGAUGAGAAGGAGGUGGUGUCUCUUUGUAGGCUGAUGGUCCGGGUGGAGACGACAGAGCAGAAACUCCUCUGUCUCAAGCUGAUUAGAGAUACUCAAAACCCAUCGUGCUUGAAGCAGUUUCUAGACCAUCACGGUUUGUCUCUGUUAUGGAUAUUCAUGGCAGAGCUGACUGAAGCCAAGGGCAACAGCUCAAACAUGAUCAAGCUUCAGUUUGAGAUAAUAAAGACCCUGUCCGUGCUGCCCAUUUCCACUAAAAACAUGUUGGAGGAGAGCAAAGUUCUGAGCUCCAUCCAGCGUUGGGCCCAGACCAACGCCCUCCCCCAGCCUGCGGAGAUGGACGGCUACUCCAGUGAGAACAACUCCCGAGCCCAGACCCCACUCAACACUCCCGACGGCUCCACCUCCAAACUAGGACCAGAGUUGGAGAGUGAUACCCCAAAGCGGGCCGUGUACCGCAGACUCAAAAUCAUCAGUGAAAACAGCCUGGACAGCGCACUCUCUGACGCCAGUAAGGCAUCUGAUGGCAAGGAGGAUGAGGAAGAGGAGGAGGAGGAGGAUGAUGAUGAUGAAGGGGAUUUGGCGCAUGCUCCAUUGCCAGAGAGUAUGGAGAAGAAAGCAGAGCCUUUAAGUGAAGCUGGAUCUCCCAUCAAGGAAACAAUAGAAGAGCCAGUCUCCCUGAAUGGAGAGACUCAGAACGAGUCUGCCUCAAAUGAAAGUACACCGAUUAAGCUGCAACAUGAAGAUGUCACAAAACAGGAAGAACAGGGGAAAACUGAAGAGAUGGAGAUAGAGGUUGAGACUAAGGAGGUUGCUGUGCAAGGGGAAGCAAUUGAUGGCUCUGCUGCAGUUGAGUCUCCAGAAAUAGCUGUUGACAAGGAUGUCGAAGUAUUGGAGGAACAGAUUGUUCACACGGAGGAGGAGAACGCAAAGAUGGAGGAAGAGCUAGAACUCCAAACAACCCAGAAUCACCAAGCAGACGUGACUGAAGCUCCAUUCUUAACUCAACAUGUGGCAGGCCAGGUAGAAAACACAGAGGCUGAGAACAUUGCAAGCAUUGAGGUGUGCCUAGAGGAUCCUAGUGCCUGUGCUACUGAUGUCCUUCCCAGCUCUGUGGCCCUAGAGGCAGGGGCUCCAUCCCAAGAGGUCAGUUUGGAGGCUCCAGAAGCCAGUUUGGAGGCUCCAGAAGCCAGUUUGGAGGCUCCAGAAGCCGGCUUGGAGGCUCCAGAAGCCGGCUUGGAGGCUCCAGAAGCCUGCUUGGAGGCUCCAGAAGCCGGCUUGGAGGCUCCAGAAGCCGGCUUGGAGGCUCCAGAAGCCGGCUUGGAGGCUCCCGAAGCCGGCUUGGAGGCUCCCGAAGCCGGCUUGGAGGCUCCCGAAGCCGGCUUGGAGGCUCCCGAAGCCGGCUUGGAGGCUCCAGAAGCCUGCUUGGAGGCUCCAGAAGCCUGCUUGGAGGCUCCCGAAGCCGGCUUGGAGGCUCCAGAAGCCGGCUUGGAGGCUCCAGAAGCCGGCUUGGAGGCUCCAGAAGCCGGCUUGGAGGCUCCAGAAGCCGGCUUGGAGGCUCCAGAAGCCGGCUUGGAGGCUCCAGAAGCCGGCUUGGAGGCUCCAGAAGCCGGCUUGGAGGCUCCCGAAGCCGGCUUGGAGGCUCAUGAUACUGGCUCUGUGGCCCCAGAGGCCAGGCUACCAGCCUCAGAGACUGUCUCUGAGUCUCGGGAAGCUAGUCUUCAAGCCCUUGCUUGCUCUGUGGCCCCAGAGUCCGGCUCUGUUGCCCCAGAGGCCAGCACCACUAAAGAGAGCACAGUGGCCCCUUUGGAGCCUUCACUAGCGGGCACAGGGGCCCCCUUGGAGCCUUCACUAGUGGGCACAGGGGCCCCCUUGGAGCCUUCACUAGUGGGCACAGGGGCCCCCUUGGAGCCUUCACUAGUGGGCACUCCGUCUCAGGAUGAAGAGGAGGGGCCUUCGGAUGUGGAAAGUGAGAGAAGCCAGGCACCACAGCUUAGCAGUCUGGACAUUAGUGGCAUGGCGGCCAGACUCCUGGACAGCUGGAAAGAUCUUAAGGAGGUCUACAGGAUACCAAAGAAAAGCCAGGUGGAAAAGGAAACAAAUGAUCGCAGUCGAGAGCGAGACCCAGCUCUGACCCCACGCACAGCCUCUGGCAGCCGGGAGAGGGAACGGGAAAAAGACAGGGACAGAGACAGAGAUCGGGACCAUGACCGGGACAGAGAGCGAGACCGGGAUCGGGAGCGGGACCGGGAUCGGGACCGGGACCGGGACCGGGACCGGGAUCGGGAUCGGGAUCGGGAGCGAGGCUCUGAAAAGACUCCACGGAGCAUGGAGCGGCGGAGGAGACGCUCCAGCUCCCCUCUGUCCUCCCCUUAUGAGAGGAGCAGACGAACAGACGAACGGUUCGACCCUUCCUCCAACAGUAACAAGACUCCGCGGGCAGUUGGGAAGGAGCGCAACAAGCUGUCUACAGAGGAACGGCGAAAGCUAUUUGAGCAGGAGGUCGCUCAGCGAGAAGCCCAGAAACUUCAGCAGCAGCAGCUCCAGACUUUGGCCUUUGACCCAAACCUGCCCUACAUCUCUAGUCCUGGCUACAUCCACUACCCACCUGGGUACCCUUUACAGACCUAUGUAGACCCCACCAACCCCAAUGUGGGCAAAGUGUUGCUUCCCACCCCUCCGGUGGACGUGGUUGCCGGUACAUACGAAGAGACUCCGCCACAGCCUCUCAUCUCUGAGCUGGGCCUACCCCCUCCUCCCACCACCAACCAGGCACCUCCAGUCCCUCAGCACAUCACAAUCAACCCUGUAGAACUCAGUGCUGGCAACCCCCAGCAAUAUGCCCAACCCCCCAUGGUGACAGCCCAUGACCCAGGGGUGGCUGUCCUCUCUGUGCCUGCAGUGAGGGCAGCACCGGUGCCAGGCCAGCACCCAGGAAGCUACACCACCCUAUGGGACUCCUCCAUCCAGCAGGCGGUCACCGUGCAGACCCAGCCCACACAGCAGCAGUACGCCGUGGCUCCAAAUCAGGCUCAGACGCAGACGGCAAUCUACUAUCAGGGCCAGCCUUGCCAGACCAUCUACAGCAUCCCAAGCUAUCCCCAGGCCAACCCACCUGUCAUACAGGCAUACGCGGACCCUACUGCCGGCUACCUCCACGGCCCACCUGUGUACACGGGCCACCAGCAGGGGGUGGUGGUGCAGCAGGGAGGAACAGUCACCACCAUUGUCACGUCCCAGACAGUCCAGCCGGAGAUGAUUGUACCCAACAAUGUGAUAGACCUCCCUCCUCCUUCUCCACCCAAGCCCAAAACCAUCGUUCUACCUCCCAGCUGGAAAGUGGCGCGGGACCCUGAAGGAAAGAUCUACUACUACCAUAUCGCCACCAGGCAAACCCAGUGGGACCCCCCGACCUGGGACGGAUGCAGUGACAACACAAGCAUAGACCACGAGUCUGAAAUGGACCUGGGAACUCCUACCUACGAUGAGAACCCCUCUAAGUUCUCUACAAAGACUGCUGAGGCUGACACUUCCAGCGAGCUGGCCAAGAAGAGCAAAGAGACAUUCCGCAAAGAGAUAUCCCAGUUCAUUGUGCAGUGUCUGAAUCCGUACCGAAAGCCAGACUGUAAACUGGGACGCAUCAGCAACACGGAUGACUUCAAGCAUCUCGCUAGAAAGCUAACUCACGGUGUGAUGAACAAGGAGCUGAAGGCCUGCAAGAACCCGGAGGACCUAGAGUGCAACGAAGAAGUCAAACACAAGGCCAGGGAGUACAUCAAGAAGUACAUGCAUCGAUUUGGCUCAGUGUACAGGCCUAAAGAAGACACCGAGCUGGAGUAGUGUGUGUGUGUGUGUGCGUGUGUGUGUGUGUGUUCGUGUGUGCGUGUGUGAAGGAGGAUCGAGGCAACGGUCGCCGAAGCAGUUAUCAGGAACUGAAGUGGCGCCCAGAAAAAGCUCUUGGCCCUGCCUGGUGGCUCUGAUCAUGAGCCACAGCUGACCAGACUGAUGCCGCUCCAGGCCCAGCCUCCACUAAAGGAUGAUGCAGUGGGUGCUACAGACUGUUCUCACGGUCAUGUUUGAUUUUAAACCCCGCCGCCCACCCCAUGUCUUGGCUCUUAACUUGUUCCCCCCCAAGUUGAUCACCUCAAUUCCACUUUUUUUAAAUACACUUCUGGCCCGACCAGGAAGGUUUAGCUUAAGGACAACCAUGAUUUUAUUUUUUAAUUAGUAAAUCGCCCUUCAGUACUUUCCACUUUCCAUGGAUCAAUGUUGAAUAGAAAGGUUUGUGUGUUUUUUUUUUUAUAUAUAGGAUUUUUUUGUGUGUGCGCAUUUAGCCCUUUGCCAUUGACUCUGUUUCUGGUGCUGCUUUUAGCUGGGCUGUGGAACUCCGCUCUUCCGGACAUCCCCCCCCCUGCCUUCUGAAGGCGGUCCUCCUGACUCCUACAUCCCUCCUCCUACUCGGUAACCAUGUAGGAGCCAGAACCUGGUAACCAGUUCACCAGUGAACCGGUUCACACAUCAAAGCUGUCAAUCCCCAUAUGUGCUCAAAAGGCCCAGCAGGGAGGAAGAGGAGGGGGGUUCAGAUCAAUAUUUUUCAUAUGUGCAUCGAUGAGUUUAUGUAAUAAAUCAGUUAAAGUGGGGUUAGGCGUAGGGCUGCAGCUAGGUUUUCAUUCAGACUACUCUUCAUCCUGUCCUGGUUUCCACCAGCUUAUUCUCGGCCCACUUUUGUCCUGGAACAGAAGUGAUGGAUGUAGCAUCAUAAUAUUAAUGUUUUUUUUAACUCACUAUUUUGACUCGCCUAUUCUGAUGCGCAUUACUGUGAGAUUCUCAAGGUUGCUAUUUGUUUUUUUUGUUUUUGUUUUUUAAGCAUGGGCUCAUUAAUCACUUACUUCGAUUUGCAUUAAACAAUGUUCCAACACAUGUAUAUUUCUUUAUAUGUGAAUAUAUAGAAAAGGUAGUUGACUUUGUGGUUGUUAUUUCAUCUGUAAAUAUCUGUAAUUACCAAACCACAGUAGUCAGGCCAGGGGGUGGGUCACUGUGAAGCCCUGCCCAGCCUCUCCAUUUGAACCCUCUUCUGCAGCAUCUCAUUACACCAUACUCACUUCACAGUCCUCUGUUUUAAAUCACUGGUAGGAGAGGUUGGGGGCCGGGGGGCAGGGGGGUAUUUAGCUUUGGUUGUUUUCUAUGUACAAAUGUUUCACCCUAAUCUUCUGUAAGUAUUGUGUAAGCACAUUCUCAUACUGAGUGUACAAACCUUUUAAAGAAUAAUAAAAACUUUUUUUGUAAACUAAAGUCUUGUGCUUGGAUUUUUCAAUAAAGGUGAAUUCUGGGCUAUUGUCAGUUAAACAGACUUGGAACACCAGGACAGAACAAGGUGUUAAUGGAUGAUACGCCAUAACGUGGGGUGCACGUUACGAACUGUAUGGGUACUCUUAAGAUGAAGGAUUAUUGAGGGACACCGGUGUAUAU